UGCGACGUGUGUGGCAAGGCCUACCCGACGCCGGGCCGGCUGGAGACCCACCAGCGGGUGCACACGGGAGAACGCCCCUUCGACUGCCCGGAGUGCGGCAAGAGCUUCAUCUGCUACGACAACCUUGACCUGAAGGCCCACCGGCGGGUGCACACGGGCGAGAAGCCCUAUUGCUGCUACACCUGCGGCAAGAGCUUUGCCCGGAUGGCGGGGCUGCGGGUGCACCGGCGGGUGCACAGUAGUGAACGGCCCUUCACCUGCUCUGACUGCGGCAAAGGCUUCAAGUCUUCCACGGACCUGAAGAGGCACAGGCGCGUGCACACCGGGGAGCGGCCCUACACCUGCAGCGACUGCGGCAAGGGCUUCACCCAGUCCAGUCACCUGCUGAAGCACCAGCGCACCCACAACGGGGAGCGCUCCUACACCUGUGCUCAGUGUGGCCAGAGCUUCACCCGCUCCGGCAACCUGCUGAGGCACCAGCGCACCCACACCGGCGAGCGCCCCUACACCUGCAGAGACUGCGGCAAGGGCUUCACCCAGUCCAAUGACCUGCUGAUGCACCAGCGCAUCCACACCGGCGAGCUUCCCUUCACCUGCGCCCAGUGCGGCAAGGGCUUCACACACCCCAGCACCCUGCUGGUGCACCAGCGCACCCACACCGGCGAGCGCCCCUACACCUGCGCCCAGUGUGGCAAGGGCUUCACCCGGUCCAGUCAACUGCGGGAGCAUCAGGGCACCCACACCGGCGAGCGUCCCUUCACCUGCGCCCAGUGC